AAUCUCAUCCUCUUCUUCAUCCUGCUUCUCUAGGGUUUCAGAUCUGCUCCGAGAUUCCUCCUCUGGUACGCGUUAGUUUGCUGUAAAAGGGCUGGUCACUUGUGCCGGAGCUGCCGUCGGCUUUGGAAACAUAGUCAGCGACGCCUGUACUCCAGGCUAGAAAAGUAAGUUGCGUCGGGCUUGGCUGAUUGAGAAGUGUCUGAACUGAACAACUGUACUUUAUAGGAUGUCGAGUAAGGAAGAAGAGAAGGCUCAAGAUGCGGCAGAACGAAUCAAGGCCGCCGCUCUGAGUGCCGCGAAAGGUCUUAGCCGUGCGCAGGCUGAACGAGCCGCGGCAGCGGCUGCUCGUAAUGUCAAUGCUUAUGGGCAAAAAGAGGAAGGGCCCAGUAGAUGGCAGGAGAAGAGGGAAGCAAAGAGACAAAUGUAUUUGAUGAGUACUGAGAAGGCUGUUAAACUGGGUGAACGGAAAGAUUUGAAGGCUUCGGUCUCUAUUAGUGGUGGUUCUGCGCAAUGCCAGAAGUGCUAUCAGCCGGGACAUUGGACUUACCAAUGCACCAAUGAGCGCGUCUACAUUUCACGACCGUCGAGGACCCAGCUGCUUAAGAAUCCCAAACUGAAUACGGAAGCGCGGUUAUCUUAUGAACCUGAAAAUCCAGAUAUCAAGGAGGAGAAGACUGAGAAGCGCUCUAAGAAAAGUAAAAGGAAAUACAAAUCUGAUUCGGAUUCUGCUAGCGACAGUGAGGCUUCUGUUUUUGAGAGUGAGAGCGAGUCGGCAUCUGGAUCGGAUUCCUCUUCCAGGGAGAGUAGUUCGGCUGACAUUUCAUCGUCUGAUUCGGAGGAGCAGAGGAGGCGGCGGAGGAAGAAGAAGAAACAGAAGAGCAGGAGGCGCAGGCGGUACACUUCGUCGUCUGAGUCAUCUGAUUCUUACUCUGCUUCAGAAUCGGAUUCUGAUGACAAUAGCAGCCGAAGGAAGAGCAGAAGGCACAGGAAAAAGCGCUGAAGGUGCAGUAUGGAUUAAGGGAGUUGUGCAUGGCGUGACUGUGGCAUGCGAUGUGAUUGUUUUCGAGUAAAGCACAAGCUCCAUUAGUCUCUUGACCCUUGUUAAUCUCCCAUCUCUUCUGGGGAGGCUCUGAAAGGAGGUUCAGUAGGUCCUGCGGACUGGGAUGCUCUAAGAUGCGUAGGUGUUUGCUUAUUUCUUGCUUAUAGAUCCAGUAGUUGAUGGAAAUGUCAUUCUGUGAUUGCAUGUAGCGAAUUCCCGAUACAUCUUUUCCUGGUAGUAUCUUCAUGUCGUAGCAGGUAUUUGCCCUUUAUCUCAGAAGUACAAUCUUUUUAUGGAUUUUAGCAGACCUACAACCUUUACCUGUGGUUUACAUGAUUGUUUUAGUUUCUGGUGAUAUUGUUGACAUUGUGGUUGCUGGUGCAGCAUAGUCUCUGCUAGUUCUACUUAUGACAUAUGCUAGACGACUUCCGUUUAUACCAUCAGAUCAUCUUCUAU